AUGCACGAGCGAAAGGUGGCGACACGGACUGCGCUGCUGCUCCUGUGCAGCCACGGCUGCAAGGGCCUCUUCCAGUCACUGCCCAAGCAGGAGGUGCCACUGGAAGCCAGGGGAAGUUUUGCGGAGAUUCAGAGGCCAGGCACUGUGGCUCUCCGCGAAAUCAGGCGUUACCAAAAGUCUACGGAGCUUUUGAUCCGCAAGCUCCCCUUCCAGCGCCUGGUGCGUGAAAUUGCUCAGGAUUUCAAGACAGACCUGCGCUUCCAGAGCGCUGCCAUCGGCGCGUUGCAGGAGGCAAGUGAAGCCUACUUGGUUGGCCUGUUUGAAGACACCAACCUGUGUGCUAUCCAUGCCAAACGUGUCACAAUCAUGCCAAAAGAUAUCCAGCUAGCACGCCGCAUACGUGGAGAGCGGGCCUGAGCUUCACUCUGAUGGGUUUGUCAUUCUCGAAGCAAAAUCUUCUUCCUGUUAUUGGUAGUAAUGAACAUUAGAUACUUCUUCCAUGGGGUUAAAAGGUACCUAAGUAUAUGGUUGCAAAUGGAAAAAUAGGGGGCAGAAUUGGAUAUUGGCAAUUUUUUUUUUUCCAUUUUCAUUUGUGUGUGGAUUUUUAAUAUAAAUAAGGGGACAUAAAGCAUUAAUGCGGUCAAAAAAAGAGAAAAUGUUUCAGCAAUUCAACUUUAUAAAAAAGAUAUAAAUCUGUCAAUUUUUUUCUGGACAAUGCCAGCAUUUGGAUUUUUUUAAACAAGUAAAUUUCUUAUCAAUGGCAACUAAAUGGUAUUUGUAGCGUUUUUAUCAUACAGUAGAUUCCAUCCAUUCACUAUACUUUUCUAACUGAGUUGUCCUACAUGCAAGUACAUGUUUUUAAUGUUGUCUGUCUUCUGUGCUGUUCCUGUAAGUUUGCUAUUAAAAUACAUUAAAUGAU